AUGAUCCCCGAGCUUCUUCUGCUUCUGCUACUACCCGCAGUCGUCCUCGCAUGGCGAUUGCGUAGGUUUGGCCACCGAGAACAUUUUCUUCCACCAGGGCCUCCUACAAGAUUUCUGCUGGGAAACGUGCCAGACAUUCCCAGGAGUCUGCCAUUCAUCCAGCUCACUCGCUGGGCAGUAGAGUAUGGCGAACUCGUGUCGCUAAAGAUUUUGAACCAGACCAUGGUAGUCGUGAAUAGUGGCCCCGCAGUGAAGGAAAUCUUGGAUAAGCAAGGUGUCUUGAGCGGAAAUCGUCCCCAGGCGUACUUGAUCAAACGUGCGGAAGGCGAAUAUCCUUUAUUCUCUAACCUAGAUGAGCGCGUCUUCAAAGGCAGUCGGCGAGCAUAUCAUACAUUCCUAACCAACGAAGCUAUCUCGAGUUAUCUCCCAAUGCAACAGGUGGAAUAUGCGAGGCUUGUGAACGACCUUGCCACUUCUCCCGAGAAUUUCAUUCCCCACAUCAAGCGUAUGUCCACCUCAAUCAUGGUGACACUCCUUUACGGCAGACCAGUGUCCGACUUCGGGGUCACCAAACACCUCGUAUACUCCGAAUCCAUGGUUAAAUUCAGUGAACUAGCUGAUCCCUGGGCGCAUCCCCCUUUGGAUAUGAUGCCCAUCCUGAGGUAUGUUCCUGCUCGGUGGGCUAGGUGGAAAGCCCUGUGCGAGGAGGCCAAACGUGUGCGAGGGGCCUUCUUUGACGACAUAACCGAAGACUUCGAAGCACGAUACCGCGCGGGGGAUCGCACUGGUUCGUUCCUGGAGAAAGUCCUUGAUCACCCUACCCACUUCGACAUGACCAUCGAGGAAAUCAGAGGCAUGAGUCGUCUGUUGAUGGACGGUGGGGUUGAGACGACUGUGUCCUAUAUCCAGAAUUUCAUCCUGGCGCUUGUAUGCUACCCCGCUUGCCAGGCCAAAGCGCAAGCCGAGAUUGAUGAUGUGAUCGGAGGUGAACGCGUUCCGACACUGGAGGACUUCGACCAUUUGCCGUAUCUGUGUGCUGUUAUUAGAGAGGUUCAUCGCUUUCGACCGGUCCUUCCGGGAGCUAUGCCCCAUGUCGCUGCUGGGGACAUUCAUUACAAGAAUUAUCUCAUCCCGAAGGGCUCAAUGAUUGCAAUGAAUACAUGGGGGAUCUUCCAUGAUGCUGAUAUCAAGUCGGAAUAUGGCAUCAAGGGCGGUGCAAACCCUGAUGGUCUCCGAGACACGCUUCCAUUUGGUGCUGGCCGACGCAUCUGCCCUGGGGCUGAAAUGGGUCAACGCACAAUCGCAAUCAACGCUAUGAAUCUUCUCUGGGCGUUCAAGUUUACCGACACAACUGGCAGGUGCUCUAUGGAUCUUGAGAAUUACCAUCCUGGCGUAGAACUUUCGCCAAAUCGGUUUGCUUGCGACAUCAAAGUGCGGGAUGCCAAGCGAGUGAAGCUCAUGGAAGAGACCUACAUGCAUGCGAGUGCUUGA